GUUGAUGUCUCUAAUAGUCUAUUGAGAAGAAGUCGGCAGAACACAUUGUCUCCUCCGAUAAGAUAAAAGUGCGAUGUUACAAUAACAGUCAACAAUGAGAAGAUCUUGCAUAAUUUUUAAUCUGCUUUGGAUUAACUUAGUACUUGCGGUUAGAAAAGAUGAGAUUUGUGAGCGAUGUAUUAAAAUCGAAGAGUGCCCAUCAUUUGCACAUUUGAAUAAAGAUCAACAGCAGGUGUGGUUGGAACAAGUCCCUUGCGAUGGGCUGCAGGCGACUGGGGGACCGACGCUUUUUGGAUUUUCACCCGUUGCCAAAGGGGACUAUAUAUGUUGCCCAAAGACAAAUAUUUGGAAGAAAGAUAAAGUUACAGGAGUCUCAGAUACAGAGAACUACAAUACGACCACUGUUAAGCCAGGCGAGAUAUUAUUGGAUAAACGGAAAAACACACAACUUUCCCAUCAAAGCCUGCGAUUAUAUCCUGGCCAAAAUAUCAACGAUAACCAACAAAGUGCACCCAAUUACCCAAACACUUAUCCAAAUCAACAAAACGGACAAAACGGUCAAAAUGGCCCAAAUCAAAUUUAUGGGCAAAAUGGACCUAAUCAAAUUUAUGGGCAAAAUAGCCCAAAUCAAAUUUAUGGGCAAAAUGGCCCAAAUCAAAUUUAUGGGCAAAAUGGACCUAAUCAAAUUUAUGGGCAAAAUGGCCCAAAUCAAAUUUAUGGGCCAAAUGUACCGAAUCAAAUUUAUGGGCAAAAUCCGAGUUAUCCUCAAUAUCCACGCGGUGGCAAUGCGUGGAACUAUCCAAGGCAGCCUGGAAUGAUGACAUUUCCUGGACAGAGUCAAACGCUAUGGCAAAAUCCUAACGCGUAUCCACAGCAACAACAGCAAACGAAUCCGUACAAUAACUAUGGAAAUGUGAAUUCGUUCCGUCCAACUUCAGACGAUCAAUGCGCAGCCCAGACAACCCUGUUACCAGAUCCUCAAACCCAAUGCUGUGGCCGAGAUAUGUCUCAAACUGAGAGAAUUACAGACUUACAAAAUCUUCUUAAUAUUUAUGCACCCUCUUUUCGUCGGACCGGGCCACCACAAAGCACACCACGGCAACAAACUUAUCCAACUUUGCCUACAAAAGAAAAACUAUCCGACGACAAUAACACAGUUAUUGACAUUGGUUUGGAUGAUAGAAUAGCAGGUGGAAAAGAAACUGAGCUAGAUCAGUUUCCUUGGACAGUGCUAUUGAAGAUGACGUUCAACUUCGGCACUAACAUAUCAAUAGUUAACUGCGGAGGAUCUUUGAUAAGUCGACGAUACGUCCUCACCGCCGGACAUUGCGUCUAUGAACCAGGAGCUGUAUUGAUCGGAGUCAACGUAACACUCGCGGAAUACGACAAAACAACAUUCCCCAGAGAUUGUAAAUACGAAAUAGGAAGAAAGCCGAAAUGUAUUGACAACGUGUUGAUGUUUGCCGAGGAUGUCAUCAUUCAUCCGCAGUACGAUGACGAUCAGCUCAUGAAUGAUAUAGCACUCAUAAGACUCCAGGGAUAUGCGCCUUAUACACGAUAUAUAAGGCCUAUAUGCCUAACACCCUUGGAUAUAGACACGGACGACCUGACAAAUCUCCCUCUAGCGGUAGCAGGAUGGGGACGAAACGGGAAAUACGUCAGCAACCUUAAACAGUCAACAGUUGUGAACUUAGUACCACACGAGAAAUGCCGGCAAGCUUACCAAUACUUGAGCAGUUCCCAUCUUUGUGCAGCGGGUCGUACUGGUGAAGACACUUGCAAGGGAGACUCUGGGGGACCCCUGAUGAUGUUGUUUAGGGGAAGCUACUAUUUGAUUGGUGUGGUCAGCGGAAAGAGGGCAGACUUCCCAUGUGGCUCGACGAUACCUUCGCUAUACACAAAUGUAUACCAUUAUGUGUCGUGGAUUGCGAGUAAUAUCAAGAAUUGAUCAUGUUCUAAAAAUGUGUAGACAUAGAUUUUUUUAUUGCACAAUAAAAGUGACUAAAGUA